GGCAUGGUGCCAGACGGUCGUGCCCUUCCCCUUCGGCUAUAGCGGCCGGAAAUGGAGAUGCGAUCAGGUUGCGUGCUUUCGGGACAGGAUAUGGUGGAUCAAUCUUACUCUAGGAUUUAUCACCUGUGGUAAUCUUAGAGAUACAUAUCCAAUAAUGUCGUUCGAGACUCUACCAGGAGACGGAGUAAAUGAGGACGUCCACAGGUACCGGUACGUCGGCGUGAGCGCCGGAAAACUUCGAUUCAUCGAGAUGGUGAACGUAAGCAGCGAGGAGAAGGCUGCAGUUUCUGUUUGGACGUACUGCGGUGAUGAUAACCUCUUUGCGCGCUGGACCAGGCAGUCAACCACCGUAUUCUCGGAGGUGUGGUCUCACAGGAGUUACCUUGACACUGGUCUGCCGCAAUCAGUACCAGAAGCGAUUGCUUUUGCUCAUCCAUUGGUACCCGACAAUGUAUUUUUCAUCCAGCAUGGCCAUCUCAUCCGUCUUGAUGUCGCGGCCAAAAGAGUUGUGGAGCUCACGCCCGAUAGAUGCACAUCAUCUUCAGACUUUCUCCCGUGGAUUUUUCCUCCAAGCCUAGCAUCAGAUUUUUACCCUCGAUACUCUGGACUGUUGACACUUAGUGGAUGCCAAGUUCAUAUGAUGCACCUGAGUCAAACAGACCUGCUGAUUCAAGCUGAGUUCCUUGUUGUUGGCAAUGUUCGUGCUACUGCUGUGCAAAUAGUCAUGAGGGUCUGGACAAAACAUAAAUUUAAUGAGCUAGUCAUAAUCGGAAAUAAAGACAACCAUUCUUCUUCUUCAGAUCAGGCAAUAUCUGCUGUCUCCUUCAGGCGCUUUGCUCUGCAGCCUAUGAGAAUGACUAUUCUUCCUCUGAAAGAUGCUAUCAUUCGUGUGCCGGUGCCAGUGUUCGGCAACAUCUUCAGAGCAUAUGGGUUAGUUGAGGAGCUGAUCUCAAGUACAGGUCCGACCGUACUCCAAGGGAAAAGAAUUCCCCGUGGAUAUUACAUUGGUGGACCAUGGAUGGUUCAGUUCAUUGAGAUCCACAACGUACCAGCUGAUCCAGUGAUGCUAUUGAUGUUCUAUCACCAUGGCUUUGAGACCUUUGCGGCCCAGCUUCGGGAGUGGCCUAACUUCCACCACGUAAAGAUCUAUCAAGGUAGUUACAGACCAGACAUGUACGAUGUCACUUUGGCAUAUCUUGAGGACUCGGACGAAGAGAGCAUACAAGAUGUUCCUCACGCCAUUAGGAUGGUACCUCUUCCAUUCUUGUCACAAAUCUCAGCCUAUUUUGAUGAUGAAUAGGAGUAUAUAGCUAGGCUGUCAGAGAUCUCGGUCUAUUUUGAUGACGAGUACUCCGUAUAUGGGUAGAUAGCCGUGGCUGCUGUUUGUUGUUUGUUAGUUUGGCUUCGGACUCGAGAAUACAUGACAUCUCUUUGCCUGUAUAUAUAGUUCCUGGUGCCUUUGUUUUUUUAUCUUGCU